GUUAAUAAUCAAAGUGUAUCUAACACAUUAAAGAAAAAAAAAAAACAUGAUCAUCCAAAUUGAAAGGUUAUUCAGAUUUGUGAGUUUUACAUCAUCUGUUGUUGGAUUGCUUUGUUACGCUCUAAGCUCUUCUUUCAACCAUCUAUUUGGAGAUUGGAACUCAUGGAAGAUUAUUCUAUACACUCUUUUCAGUUUCAUCAUCAGCCUCCUCAUUUUGUUUGCCAAGAUUUGGCAGUCAUCGAGAAGUCUCCGAUUCAAAGCUCACACCGCAUUUUUGGUACUGACAAUUACCUCCGUGUAUUCCUUUUUCUUUGAUAAAGAGAUGAAUGAAAAACCAGAUUCAUUUAGCUUGAUUUCAUGUGCUGCUUUUGCUAUCAUGUCAAUGAGCUUGUCGAGGCAAUCUCAGUGCGGAUUUGAAGUGGAUCUUCUUUAUUUUUUCCUUGGAUCCCUAAUUGUGUUACUCAUGAAGAUUAAAUUGCAGUUAUUCUUUGUUGGAGCAGGUUUCAGCUAUUCUCUUAUUAUUAUUCGAUCUUCUUUCACUUCCUUCAACACCACAGCAGAAAAUGAGUAUUUAGAGAUUGGAGGUGAAAAUUCAGUAGUCAUUGAAAUGACUUCACUGUCACUAUCUAGUAUGAUGCAACAAUUUAUGACUUGUACUGAAGCGCUUAAUCAUGAAAGUACAAGUCUCAUCGAGAGGCUUAUGGAGAAAUACAAUACAGAUACAGAUACGCGUGAUUUUGUAAUGGAUACUCUGUCGUCAAGAAAGAUAGAUAAUCUUCAUGAAUCUGCGAAAUUGAUGUUAGCAUCUGGUUAUGAGAAAGAAUGUUCUGAUGCAUAUAGCUGUUGGCGAAGGGUAUUCUUGCAGGAGUGUCUCAUAAACAAAAUAUUUGGGUUGCCAAUGCCAACUACAAACAUCAAUAAUAAGAUGGAUAAGAAUGAGAGGGAGCAAUAUUCAGAUACCAUGUUUGAAAGAUGGAUGACUGCUUCGGAUGUAGCUAUGACAAUCUUGUUUCCCUUUGAACAACAGCUCUGCAAUCACGUCUUCUCGGGGUUUUCCUCCGCGGCUUCUACCUGUUUCUUUGAGGUUUGCAAAGAAGCAACGUCUCAGCUGCUGUGUUUUGCAGACGUGCUUGCUUCGGGGAGCCCUACAAAAUGGCGUUUGUUCAAAAUGCUACAAAUAUUUGAGCAUUUGGGUAAUCUAAUUACGAAAUUCCAAUCACUUUUUCCAGAAUCGAUGUUACUUAACGAAGCAGUUGCAGUGAGGAAUAGAUUAGGAGAAGCUAGCAGGGAUCUUUUCAUGGAAAUGCAUAAUGUUAUUUUUAGAGUCCCAACAGCAAAGAACACUGUUAAGUUUCAUGGCGAUAUUCAUCCGGUCACUUCUGAGGUUAUUAGUUAUGUGUCGAUUGCAUGCUUGUCGCGGCAGAAGUUGGAAAAUAUUUUACAGACAUACUCCAAGGAUGGUAAUGAGAUGGAAGCAUCUUCAUUUUUCGUGAAGCAGAUGGAGCAGAUAAUGGAGAUUUUACCUAAGAAAUUGAUAGCCAAGUUGAAAAACUGCAAAGACCCUGCUUUGCGCCAUAUUUUCAUGGUAAAUAAUAGGAGCCACAUAGAAGCUAUAAAUCAAUUCUAUGAAUUGGAAACUAUUUUUGGCAAUGAUUGGUUCCAAAAUAACAAAGCUAAAAUUCGACAAAACGUUGAGCUUUAUAAAAGAUGUUCGUGGAAUAUGGUGUUGGACUUUCUGAAGGUGGACAAGAAUGACAACAUUACAGAAGAAUUGUUGAAAGAGAAGAUACAUUUGUUCAACACUCACUUUGAAGAGAUAUGCAGAGUUCAGUCAGAUUGGUUUGUUUAUGACAAUGAUCUAAGGGAAGAAAUAAUAUCAUAUGUGGAAACUGUCUUGCUUCCAGCCUAUGGAAUUUUCAUUGGGAGGCUUCAGGAUAUUCUUGGUAACCAAGCUUAUGAUUACAUUACAUAUGGAAUGUUAGAGAUUCAAGAUAGACUCAGUCAGAUGUUCAUGUUGUACAGUAGUAGUAAUUUGUAAUAUAAGUUUAAGAUAUUAAGAAAAGUUUAUUAAGUUUAUUUUUCUCUUUAUUUAAAUAAUAUUUGUGAGAAUAUUCCUAAGAAUAUUAGGAUUCUUGACUCUGGUGCUACUAAUCAUAUGACAUUUG